AACCAAGAUUCCUUCCCACAUGUCGUUUCUGAUAAGCAUCAAACAUCGUACGUGUGAGCAACCUCAUAUAUGGUACCACCUUAUCAGCUUCGUUGAAGUGCUUUGUCUAGAUCAUCGUAUCUAUAUGAAACACGAAUGUCCAAAAGGAAACAGAGGAGAUAUCACAGUGGUUAUUUGUCUGUUUUGUGAUACAGGAGUUCGGCCAAACCCUGACGAAGAUCCAAACAUAACUUGGGAUAAACAUGUUAAUAAUAAUACACAUUGUGAUCCCUCAAGAGCUGUCAAGAAGAAGAAACAAUGUCCUGUUCCUAGUUGUUCUGGACCCAAGACACCUGAUUCGAGAGUCUCGAGUACAAACACAACAGUAGCUGCUACAAGCGCUCCUGCAUCAUCGUCAUCUUCUUCAAUAUCGUCUGCUAGUCUUUUGGCUCCAUUGUCAUUGGAAGCACGUAUUAGAAAUAGAAGAUUGAAUCGGACAAGAUUAAAUCGGACCAAGGAAGAUGAAGAUCCUAGAGUGGUACAAAUCCCCCUAUGGAUGAUCAGGGAAGGAUUGGAUUAUCUGGUUAGGGAACCGAGAGGACAGAUGAGUCAAGAAGAAGAAGAUGUUGAAUGGGAAGAAGAAUAAGCUCAUGUUUCAGGUCGUUUUGAGUUUACUGUUACUUCAUAUCCAAUUCACCUUACUAGAUAGAUGAUCAUAUGAAACAACACAUUAGUUAGUUAGUUAGAAGAGACCUUGUUUAGGUUUUUAAAGUAUAAAACCGAAAUAGAGCAUUUGCAUUUCU